AUGGCUAUAAAUGGUCCUUGCGUUUACUUCUGGGUAAUCCUCAGCAACGAUAAUAUCCAGAUGAGAAAGGUACAUGUAAAUAAUUUCAAGUAUGAGGAUGAUUUGGAAUUUUUUAUCGAGCACCUGAAUACAAUCGCCCUGGAGGAGAUUGGUACAAGAGAAGCUGUUAAAUGCAAAGAUCCUUUGCUUGAUCCGCCGAAACGGGAGGAAGUGGCGGACGACGUAAUCCCAAUUAAUGUGUGGUACUCGAAAUCCAGGGCUGUACAGAAGCUUUAUGAAAUCAUCUUUACCCCCAUUGCUGAUUUGAUCGAAGGUAAAGAGCUUACAUUUGUUCCUGAGGGGCCAUUUUGCCUUGUACCUUAUCCAGCAUUGGAGGACUCGAAUUCAACAUAUCUAAGUGAUUCUUUCAGAAUUCGUGUGCUUCCGUCCUUAACGACCUUGCAAUUGAUUCAUGAUUGCCCAGCUCAAUUCCAUAGGACGACUGGUGCAUUGCUUGUUGGAGACCCAUGUUUCAAAGAUAUUAUCUAUCAGGGAAAAAGCUUGCUGCAACUUCCAGGAGCACGGAGAGAAGUGGAGAUGAUCGGACGUAUCCUCAAUAUCACCCCUCUCACUGGAGAAAUGGCAACUAAAGAUGAAGUGUUAAAACGACUGUCAUCGGUGGCUUUAGUACACAUUGCAGCGCAUGGUAAAAUGGAAACUGGAGAAGUUUUUCUGGGAGCAAACACCAGAAGAGAAAACUCACGACCUCAAGAGGAAGACUACCUUAUGACGAUGAAAGAUGUGCUAGAAUCUGGGCUGCGAGCACGACUAGUUGUAUUAAGUUGCUGUCACACUGCACGCGGGGAGGUUAUGGCUGAGGGUGUGGUAGGCAUGGCGCGAGCACUUUUGGGUGCUGGUGCUAGAUCUAUUGUGGUAACCUUGUGGGCCAUUGACGACGAGGGAACCCCGGAGUUCAUGAGUUUCUUUUACGGUGCGCUAGCUAAAGGAAAGAAGACAAGUGAAGCUCUCAAUCACGCCAUGAAGUGUAUGAGAGAAAUUGAAAAGUUCAAGGAGGUGAAGUACUGGGCACCAUUUGUACUCAUUGGUGAUGACGUCAGCCUGGAUCUUAACGAUAUUUAGAC